ACGAGCCAGUCGCAGGGUGGGAGGUGGCCUGGACGGAGGGGGAGGCGCCGCUCGCUGGGAGGAGACUUGUGCGCACCCCCCCCCCCCCGGAUCCCCUUUCUCGCCGGGCUCUGGGGGACCAUGGGCGGCUGAGGGGAGCCGAGCCCCGGGCGGCCGAGCCGGCGGCCAUGGCUGAGGAUUACUGGGACCCGCAGCAGCAGCGCUGAGCCCCCUGCAGCGGCAGCCAGGCGGCCCCACCAUGGAUCGGAUGAAGAAGAUCAAGAGGCAGCUCUCAAUGACCUUGCGGGGGAGCCGGACGGCUGAGAAGAACCUCAACGAGCAGAUCAACAUCGAGGAGAACAACAGCAGUGACACCGGCCUGGCGGGGAAGAGCGGGCGUCCCUGGGGCGCCUCGCGCAGCGUCUAUUCCUUCCUGCAGCGCCGGCCGCGCCCGGGCGUGACCCGCAGCCUGAGCGCCCACCUCGCCCGUGCCAGCCGACUAGAGAUGGUGCAGGAGGACGUGAAGAUGGGCUCCGACGGGGAGAGCGACCAGGCGUCCGGCACCUCGUCCGACGAGGUCCAGUCCCCCGUGCGGGUCCGCAUGCGCCACAGCUCGGCCCGCAAGAUCUCCUCCGAGGACAUCAACAAGCGGCUCUCGCUGCCAGCCGACAUUCGCCUGCCCGAGGGCUGCCUGGAGAAGCUGGCACUGAACAGCCCCUUGUUCGACCAGCCCCUCAGCCGGCGGCUGCGCCGCGUCUCGCUGUCGGAGAUCGGCUUCGGGAAGCUGGAGACCUACGUGAAGCUGGACAAGCUGGGAGAGGGGACGUACGCCACUGUCUACAAGGGCAAGAGCAAACUGACCGACAACCUGGUGGCGCUGAAGGAAAUCCGCCUGGAGCACGAGGAGGGGGCGCCCUGCACGGCCAUCCGCGAAGUGUCCCUGCUGAAGGACCUGAAACACGCCAACAUUGUCACCCUGCACGACAUCAUCCACACGGAGAAGUCGCUGACCCUGGUCUUCGAGUACCUGGACAAGGACCUGAAGCAGUACCUGGACGACUGCGGCAACCUCAUCAACAUGCACAAUGUCAAGCUCUUCCUCUUCCAGCUGCUGCGGGGCCUGGCGUACUGCCACCGCCAGAAGGUGCUGCACCGCGACCUCAAACCCCAGAACCUGCUCAUCAACGAGCGGGGCGAGCUCAAGCUGGCCGACUUCGGUCUGGCGCGGGCCAAGUCCAUCCCCACCAAGACGUACUCCAACGAGGUGGUGACGCUCUGGUACCGGCCCCCCGACAUCCUGCUGGGCUCCACCGAGUACUCCACGCAGAUCGACAUGUGGGGCGUGGGCUGCAUAUUCUACGAGAUGUCCACGGGCCGCCCGCUCUUCCCCGGCUCCACCGUGGAGGAGCAACUGCACUUCAUCUUCCGCAUCCUUGGGACCCCCAACGAGGAGACGUGGCCGGGAAUCCUGUCCAACGAGGAGUUCCGAUCCUACAACUACCCCAAGUACCGGCCCGAGGCCCUGCUCAAUCAUGCGCCCAGGCUGGACAGUGAUGGAGCCGACCUGCUGGGCAAACUGCUGCAGUUCGAGGGGCGGAAGCGGAUGUCAGCGGCCGAGGCCAUGGGGCAUCUCUUCUUCCACUGCCUGGGCGAGCGCGUCACCAAGCUCCCGGACACCACGUCCAUAUUUGCACUAAAGGAGAUUCAGCUACAGAAGGAGACAGGGCUGCGCUCGGCUUCCCUGCCUGACUCAGCUGGGACCCCCCAUCAGGGGGGAGAGAGGACCACCUGCUGCAGCCCUGCUAGGGCCCUUCCCGCUCAGGAUGGGGGUGAAGCUUCCCCCUUGAAGACUUCCCCCCCGGGCCCUGCCGCCCCCCGCCCCGGCUGCGCGGUGAAUGCUCUCUCCUCUCCCGCAGGGGGCGCCGCCUUCCGGGUAGUGGACACUGAAUUUUAGCCUUCGGGUCAGUGAACGGGCAGAACCGACGGCCCAGCUUACUGUUGUGACCCUGCCGAGCCACAGUGACGUGGGAGGGGCAGGGGCUGGACUGACAUAAACCCGCCCCCCCCCCCGCCCCCAGCCGGGACUCUGCCCCUUUGGGUUGGACGCCGCCUUCGGGGAUGGGACUCGGGCCGUGCCCUGGGGCUGGAGGGGCCCGAUCCCCUUCCGGGGGGGGUGGCGCCGGCUGGACGGCACAUGCCCCCCCCAUGUUUAAGUUUUAUUUUUUCAAGGCAAUAUUAUAAAUAUAGAGAAAUAAUCUAUAGCCCCCCCCCCCUCGCCGGGAGGGAUGGGCAUGGGGGGGGCAGCCCCCCGGAGUUAUGUUUCCAUGGAGAUGUGUUUGAUUCUGCCCCCUCUGUGGGGGAGGGGGCCACAACCCCUCCUGUAUCCCCCAGGUUGCGAGGUGGGGGGGUUGAUCCAGGGGGUUAUAUUCUGUCACUCGCCCCCACCCCAAAUCCUCCUCUCCUGCCACCCAGCACCCGCUGAGCUGUGGGGACAGAAGUCUUCCAGAUAUGGGGGGACUGGGGGGGGGGGGGGGCUGCUGUUACAGACGUGUGAAUGGGGGGGGUGUACCCCAGAUGCGGUAGGUCCCUUUGCAGCAGUGUGUGUGUGGGGUGCCUGACAGUCUGCAACCCCUCCGCAUUCGAGUGAUGUGUCCCUGGGGAGUCCCCUUCCCUCCCCGAACCCCAGCAUGUCCCCUUCCUGCAGGGCUUAGCUCCGCCCCCACGUCCUGCUGGGUCGGCAUGUGGGGUGAACACUGGCUGACUCAAGUGAGUUCAGUGGGGCGGCUGCCAGCUCCCCUUCCCCACUUAGUACUCAGGGCUCAUGUGGGGCCAGCUGCACCUUUCUCCCCACCUUACUUUUGGCACUUGGCCCUUACUCUGCUCCUACUCCCCUGUUACUCAGCUACUACUUCCAUGUUACUCAGUCCUUAGUCUAGCCCUGUUUCUGUGUUACUCAGCCCUUACUCCUACAGUACUUGGCCCUUACUCUGUCUCUAUUUCCAUGUUACUCAGCCCUUACUCUGACCCUACUUCCAUCUUACUCAGCUCCUACUCUCAAGUUGCUCAGCCCUUACUCUGCCCCACUCAUGUUACUCUACCCCUAUUCUCAUGACACUCUCCUCCAACUUCCAUGUAACUCUUCCCCACUCCCAUGUUACUCAGUCCCUUACUCAGGUCCUACUCACACAAUACUGUCUAUACUCCCAUAUUACUCAGCCCUUACUUGACCCCUACUCAGAUGAUACUUAGCCACAUUCAGUCCUUACACAAAUGUUACUUGGCCCCUACUCACAUCUUGUUCAGCUCUUACUUGGCCCCUACUCAACCCCUACUCAAAUCUUACACAGUCCCUUGGUGCCUUAUUUGGCUCCUAUUCAAAUGUUACUCAGCUCUCACUCAACCCCUCCUGAGAUCUUACUCGGUCCCUCCUCAGCUGUUACACAACUGUUAGCCUGUAGUCAGCCCCUAGGAUGCUCCUGGCUCAGCCCCUCCUCAGUCACUUCCCAGACUCUCUGCUCAGUCCUUGCUCCCGUCCCUAGUCAAUACUUAGUCCUUAUUCAGAUGUUACUCCACAACUUCUCACUCCUAACUCAGCCCCUACUCGACUGUUACUCUCUACUCAGUGCUUAGUCCAUGCUCAGGUGUUACUUGGCCUGUUCUGCCUUCCCUCAAACAUUAUUCUGUGGCUACUGAGGUCCUACUCACCUGUUACUCCAGUCCCUGCUCAAACCUGACAGUCUUUAUUCAGACAUUACUCCAUCCUUACUUGAGCUUUACUCUGUCCUGAGCUGGUUGCUCACACAUUACUUGGUCCUUACUCCAUAAAUCCAGAAGGGGGUCUGAGUAUCAUGGGGUGAUCUGAAGUAACAGAAAUGAAAUUCACUAGGCCACAGCGAGGGGGAGUAGGAAGAAUUUUGACCUGGGCAUGCGGGACGCUCCCAGGGUGACGCUGAACCCCCAGGGUGCCACAGCCCUGAAAAUGGCUGGUGCAAGGCUAGGACGGUGUGGGCGAGGAAUUUCCAUCACAGACAGAGUCUGCGCCCAGCGCUGGCCACCUGUGUUGUAGACCACGCAGGCUGAGGUGGGCCCCCCGGUCUCUCCGUAAAUCCGUGGGGAGGACAAGGAGGGGCUGGAGCAGCAGUGAGGGGCAGACACCCUGGCUAGUGGGAUGCUCUUGCUGACUCAGGACAGGAUGGGCCUGAGCUCCUGGGGUAGCAACACUAGCUGCGACUGGAACUACUGGCCCGGGCAGCCCAUCCAGUCCUGGGCAUUUACUCGUAUGAUACUCGGCCAGCCCCUACUUGAUCUGGUUUUAGUUUUUACCCAGUCUUCAGUCCAAUGUUACUCUGGCCAGACAUGUUACUCAGUCACUGCUCUGGAUUUACUCCAUCCCUACUCCUGUUACCCUGCCUGUACUCAGCUGUGAGUCCCUACCCAGCCCUUCUCAGUCUUAGCCUAGAUAUUGCUCUGUCUUUACUCAAAUGCUGCUCUGCCCCUGCUAAGUCUUAUCUUAGAUGUUACCAGCCCUAAUGCAAAUGUUACUUGGUCCUUCCCCAAACAGUACUCCAUCCUUACAGUCCCAAUUUAGUUGUUGUUUAGUCCUUACUCAGAGUAAUCUGACCGUACUAAAAUGUUACUACCACCUUACUCAAACACUACUUGGUCCGUACUGAAACACUACUCCAUUGUUUCUCAAAUGUUACUCAGUCCCUAGACAGUCUUACCCUUAGAUAUUACUUAUUUUUACUCAAAAGUUAUUAAAUCCUUACUCAGUCCUGAAUCAAAUGUUACUUGGUCCACACCUAGCCCUUACUUUGGCUUAGUUGAUUUGCUACUCCUUCCUUACUCAAAUGUUACUCGGUCCCUUUCCAGCACCUGCUCAGUCAUGGGUACUCAGUCCUUAAUCAAACACUACUCAGCUACUACUCUGUCCUUACUCGUUACUCAGGCAAAUCCCUCCUUGUCCCUGCUCUAGUCCAGCACUGCUCAGGAUUGGAUCCUGCAUCCCCUUCCAGCUCCAUCCUGCAGCCCCCUGCCCCGCACUCCUUGAUGGACCCCGGCCAGGCUGUCCCGCCCAGAGGGCUCUGUGUGCUCCUGGCUCCCCCUAGUGGCUAGGAAGGAUCAACUGCAGUUGGAAGGGCCAAGCCUUUAACUCAGGGGUAAAGGCCGGGGGUUGGAACCCUGCUGUGGGAGUGUCAGUUUAAAGGCGGACCCUCUAUCCCCCAGGCAGUGCGCCCCCUCCAUCUCUCUCUCUAUAUAUUGUGUGUGUGUGUGUGCGUGUAUAUAUGUACAUAUCUAGCCUUUUUUAUAUGCAGCAUGUAGUGCUUGUGGGAUGGAAUGUCUUUCCCUGGAAGAGCCAUACCCAUAGUAAUAAAAAUGACGAUACCCCCCCAGCUGAGCUGCAGCCACCUCUGGGGCGGGGCAGCGGGGAACGGCCUCCCGUAAUGCUGCAUGAGGAAGGCUCGGCCGCCGCUGAGAUGUAGCCAGCUCUCCUCGUGGAUCAGAAUGAUCCCCCCCCCAUUCCCCUGUUCCCCCCUCUGCCCCCCCUGCUCUGACCCAUAAGACUAAAGGUGUCGAAGUGAGAGUCCCUGGGUGGGGUGGUGUCUGUUUUCUCUUUCUCUGCUGGGCACCUGGCAAGGCUGGGGCCUGGGGAGUGUCAUCGAGAUGCUGUGGUGGGGGCGGUGCCAGUGGGGUGGGUCAGUGGGUGGGUUUGGUCUGGGAUCCAUUCCUGGCAGGUGGUGGGUUUUCCUGUGGGGAACUGGAUCCCUGUGCACAGAAGAGGGAGGGAUCCCAGCUGUGAACCCUGCAUGGAGGGGGAAUCCCACAUCAGAUCCCUUCAUGAGUAGGAGGGUGGGAUCCUGGACUGGAGAGGAGGGGGCAGGGCUAACACCAGAUCCCUGGUGGGGAGGAGGGCGGGAUCCUAGAGUUGGAUCCCUGCGUGCAGAAGAAGGUGAUCCCAUAAUGGAUCCAUACAGGUGGAGGAAAGAGGUAUCUUGGAGAGUAGGGGAUCUCAGAGGAUCCCUGGGCAGUGAGGAGGAGGUUGCCAGAGUAGAUCUGUGCAUGGAAAGGGGGACCCUGGACUGGAUUUCCAUGCCUGGGAGGCCCUGCAGUGGUUCAGAGUGGAUUCAGUAGGGACAGAGUCCCCUCCCCUGCCAGCUGUGUCCUCCCCAGCCCUGUAGAUGGAGGUGGAGUCUCUGUGACAGGGGGGCUUUGGCUCAGCAGGAAAAGGGUUAACCUGCCUAUACAUAUCAAUGUUUGAGGGGGGAGGGCUGUAUCUGAGCUGCGUGGGAGACGGAGCCUCCCUCGUUUUUUGUCUGGGGUGAGAGACUGUUCUGCAUUCAAUGUAUGGAAAUUAUUAAAGUCUCCAUGGAA